AUAUUUUUCAGGAACAAAUGCACAGCAAGAUUACAUGUCCAGCCAAAAUAACAGCUAUAGCCGUCUCCCCUAAUGGACUCUAUUGUGCAGUAGCUAGUUCUGAGACCAUUUAUAUCUGGCAGGUAAAUUAAAAUGAUUUGGGAUCCAAAGAUUCAAUUUUGGAACUCGGUGAUUCAAUCUUAGUAUACAAUGAUUAGGAAUCAAGAAUUCAGGGAGUGUAGUUAUUAACUGUUAUUGGACGAACCUAAAUACGAAUAUCCUCACGCAUCCGCACACCACUUUGCGCAUGUUCACUCUCCUCUUAGUGUACUUCACAACAUCACAUACCACCCAACGCAUCCUCACAUAACCUCACGCUUCCUCACACCAUCUCAUUCCACCUCAUCCUCACACCACUUCACGCAGCCUCUAAUGCCUCACGAAUGUGGGACAUCAAACCAUUGCCAGAGUGCUCAAACUGCAAGCAGUGAGCAUGCGCACAAUGCGUAAGUAGCAAUAGCUCAUCCUGUAGAGUGCUCAAUAUGACCUAAAGGCCAUAGAGCAAUAUCUAAUUACAGACGAUAGAGAACGAGGUUGAGCAUUGAGUGUGUGUAGGGGGGGGGGGGAAGCGCAGUAUGGAUUUAUCGUAAGGGGUAUGGCAAUUUUGUAUAGAGGGAAAGAUAGUCUGAACCAGUUAUGUCCAAUGCCAAUUUUUGGUAAACCCUUGUGCGAUUAAUAUAGUUAUAUGAUUACUUUACCCUAGAUUGGGACAGGAAACCAAUUAUGUACCUUAUCAAGACAUUUCCAACCAAUCACAUGUCUGAACUUUACAGAUGAUAGCUCAUAUCUUAUCUCAGGAGCUGAUGAUAGUCUAGUCUCAGUAUGGCCGUUGGUGAGGUACUGAAAAUCUCUCUUUGAAGUUGUAACGUUUGUAGCCAGAUUAAGAGGGUAACGUGCUGACUGAAGAUUCUUGCAACUCAACAUUUUGUUCACGUUUCAGAGUACUAUCACAUUCUCGUGGUUUCGAAGUCGAAAGUGUCACACCUAAAUACACGUGGUCAGAUCACGCACUACCAAUUACUUCAAUUCAUGUUGGUCGUGGCGGGAAAUAUGCCAGAGUUACGACUUCAUCGUUAGAUCUCACUUGUAAGGUAAAUGUCGGUGAUAUAUAUCAUGCACAUGAUGUGUUCAUCAUAUAGUGAUUUGAAAUACCGGAAAACGUCUAUAAAAACAAGGCGCCUGCUUUAGUGUUGAUAGCGUUUCGUGAUGUUUGCAAUAAUGUGGGUGCCAGAGGUUUCCAAGUUUUACAAGAUGUCUGACAAAGAAGGGAAAGACGAGAAAAUCCUAUGUAACUCUGAAAGCCUCUGAAACCCAUCGUAUAAUUGGUCUCCCAGACAAGAUAUUUACCUUAAAGUUUAAUAUAAUUUGACACUCUCUUCAAAAUUUGACAAAAAUUUUGGCCGGCUUUGAACGAAGGUUUAUUUUGCUGUAUCUUACGACAUGGACCUUCAACGUCGUUCACACAACCUUCGUAAUUAGAAAUCGUAUUUAUAGACGUCAGAUAUGUAGUUAUCCUUCGUACCUUGGCUGGCUAUUGUAGGAUAUCUGAUUUUUAUGAGGAUGCAUAUAUAUAACCUGGUAUAAUCGUUUAGAAAGACCACUUUUAGAAAUUGAAGUUGGAGGAUGAUAUUUUGUUUUUAGCUCUGGGAUCUUUCUACUGGUCACCUUUUACGUUCGUUUGUUUUUGAUGUCGCCAUUUUAUCUGUUGUCAUGGACGCAGCUGAAUACAGAUUGUUUGCUGGAGGUUUUGAUGGCAAAAUAUACGUCGUGCAUUUAUUCAAGCAGGUGAGAUACACAUACUAUAGACUUAAUCAGAUAAUAAUGACAUGUCCCACCAAUUCACUCAAAUCAAGUGCUUGGUUAUACCAUGUUAACAUUAUCAUGAAAGUGCUAACAAAUUCAGUUGAAUGUUAAUCUUAUCAUAUAGAGGGCAAAAUUACUCAAAUAUGAUUGGCCAUUUUUUCUUAAUUCAUUGCAAAAUUACUUGUACCUGAUUGGCUGAGACGCAAGCGCGGGAAGUUUCUUGUUUCAAAUAGCAAUAAAAACAAUGGCUUCUCGCUUUGUCGUCGCGGAUAAUAAUGUUAUUGAAGAAUUAAAAACUUCUAGUGAAAACUCGAAUACUAUAAAAAGUACAAUUUUAGGGGUUGGAGUAUUUAAGAAAUGCAUGGCCAGCAUUAAGGAACGUUGGCGAAGACAUGGAGACAUAAGAGAUUCAAGAACUUGACAAGUUCACAAUAACUUACGAAUAAAUUUUGCCCUCUCUGAUUAA